AUGUUUUCCUCUACUCUCGUUCUUUCUGCGUUGGCGCUCUCGAGCCAGGCAUUUGCUGCAAACUUCACUUCCACCAACCCAUCAGAUGUCGACACUGCUCGCGACAGUGCCUUGACACUUAGCCCGACCAGCAACGUCAAAGGCAAGGUGUUCGACCGCUUCGUUACUAUCUGGCUCGAGAACACCGACUACGACAAGGCUGCUAGCGACCCUAACCUUGCCUGGUUGGCUAAGAAGGGUAUCACACUAAGCAACUACAACGGAGUCACCCACCCAAGCGAACCAAACUAUGUUGCUGCCGUGGGCGGAGACAACUUUGGCAUGGACAACGAUGACUUUAACGCAAUUCCUGGUAACGUCUCCAGCGUCAUUGACUUGCUGGAGGAUAAGGGUGUCUCAUGGUCACAGUACCAAGAACAUAUGCCUUACUCCGGCUUCGAAGGCAAGGCCUGGGUGAACCAGCAGACCAAGGCGAACGACUAUGUCAGAAAACACAACCCUGCGGUCAUCUACGAUGCCAACACCAGCCCGGAGCGACUGGCUAAGAACAAGAACUUGACCGAGUUCUAUGCCGAUCUCGAAGCCAAGAAGCUUCCUCAGUGGAUGACCGACGACGGCCACGAUACUAGUGUUACCACUGCUGGUGCUUGGACUCGCAGCUUCUUGGAGCCUCUGCUCAACGACAAGCACUUCAUGAAGAACACCCUUGUUCUGGUCACCUUUGACGAGUCUCACACCUACACCAUUCAGAACCGUGUCUUCAGCAUUCUUCUUGGUGAUGCCGUUCCUAAGAAGCUCGUUGGCACCACUGAUUCCCAAUUCUACAACCACUACUCCGAGAUCAGCACUGUGGAGGCCAACUGGAACUUGCACACUCUCGGCCGCUGGGAUGUUGGUGCCAACAUCUUCUCCUUUGUUGCUGACAAGACUGGUGACGAGAACACCGCAUGGGACGCUGCCUCCGGUCCCAACACCAGCCACUUCUUCAACAGCUCAUUCGCCGGCCCUUUCAGCGAUGGCGACAGAGUUACUGGCUUGCCCGUUCCCAACACCAAGCUCGUCAGAAACGGUCGCAAGGUUCUCGGCAAGAUCGCUCGUACUUGGGGUGAUGCUUCUCUGCAAAAUCAGACCUACUACGAGAAUACCGUUCAGAUCCCUGACGGCAUGCACCCUCCUCAAGGCUGGGCGUAG